AUGCCCUGUCUAGGUAGCUACAGUCACUGCUUCGACUACAGCCUUAACUUUGACAUGACCCAAGUCCCUCAAGGAGAGGUCCUUGCCAGUCAGGACUCCUCGGUCCAGGCAGGAAAGGCGGAGCGGCAGGAGAGCACGGAUAGAGUGCGCGGCGCUCAGGAGUUCAGAUGGAAGCAGUUGGCUGCAUUUGAGAGAAAGCACCACUCCUCACUAGAGAGGGCGUUUGAAGUGGCGGCACAGACAGCGGAGGAAUCACAGCCUCAGAGGGAUCUGCUGAAGGAAGCAGUUCCUCUGGCAGCGCCAAAGGUUUGCCGCCCGCAGCGGCCAGCCCACAGGGGUCUGGAGAAGCUGUCCCAGGUGUGCAGAGAGAAGGCAGUGCUGGCGCAAGAGAACGCUGCCCUGGAAGCCCAAUUGGCAGCCACGGAGCGGGACCUACGAGGCGUUUCCAAGCAGCUGGCAGAGGCCAGGUCAGAGAAGGAGAGCCUGCAAAGCAGCCUGCUGGAGGCUCAGCAGCACGUAUCAGAGCUGGAGAUAGCCAGGAGCCGUGUGGAAGCCCAAGUGCGCACAGCCACGCAGGCCAAGGAGGCGACACUCAAGGAUGUGAGGGGCCUUCGUCGUGAGCUGCUGGCUGUAAGAUCUCUCAGCAAGCAGCAAUGUGAAGACAUGGCUCAACAGCUCCGCUGGGCAGAAGAGCAGUGCAGCAAGGCUCUGAGACUCUGGCAAUCUGCUGAGGAAGUGAAGGAAGAACUGAAUAUCAAGCUGCAGGCAGAGCUGCAGGAAGCUCAGAGGAAGAUGAAGGCAAUGGGGAAGAGGCACAAAGAAGAAAUGGAAAGGAUGCAUAAGGUCCUGCUGCAGUACAGCCCAGCUGAAGAAAAGCAGAUGGACGCAGGAUCUGCCAUCAAAGCUGCCGCUGCAGCAGCAUCCUCUGAAGAAGCCUCCUCUCUGCAGCCCGAAAACCCGAGCGUGAGCAGUUCGACCCUCUCAAGCCAGGAGAGAGAGAAGCAGUUCCUGAAGCUGCUGAGGCGUGUGGUGAGGGUGGGAGAUCCAGAGAAGAAGUACACUGGAUGGACACCUAUUGGCAGUGGGGGGUUUGGAACCAUUUAUAAGGCCUUCAACGCUGCCACAGGACGAGCGGGUACCACAUAA